GUCCAGAAACACCGGGAUGAGUUCUACAAUGUAAUUUUGAGCAUUCCCUAUUUUAUAAGCCUUGGAGCGCACACGCGACCUGCCCGAGCCCGAAAAUACCCACUCCAAUGGACAUUCCUAUGAAGCCCCCUUGAAUUACCUUGACCUAUCCGCCCGCUUCCGACGGGCCGCAGCGAUUGACUAUGCCGAGCGAAGUCGACCAAGCCGAACCCCCGCAGCGGCCGCUUCCGGAAGAGGCCCGGGAGCAGCGCCGACAUCAGCCAGAGAACAGUGCCGGGCCGCUCCCACCCACCGGUCGCCCACGCACCGCGACGGCCGACACCGCCGUGAUUGACGAGACGUUGAGCCACCCGGGCUCGGUUUGUAUCAAUGUCAAGGGCGCCUUCAUCGUCGACCAGGACACGGCGACCCCCACAACUCCCGAUGGCCGCAGCGGAUCUCCCGGCCGCCACGAAACGAAGGACAUCCGGCUGCCCAACCACACAGCCGUGGUGAGCCAUAUCGCAGUUGAUAUUGGCGGCUCUCUUGCCAAGCUUGUCUAUUUCUCGCGCGAGGCGCACUCGACCGAGCUUGGUGGACGGCUGAAUUUUGCCAGUUUCGAAACAGAACGCAUCGAUGAGUGCAUUGAGUUCAUGCGCCAGCUCAGGGACAAGCACCUGGAACUCAAUGGCGGCAGCGAUGAGAGCGGCUCCUCCAAGCGGCCGGCUAGCGAGUUGUGUGUGAUGGCAACGGGUGGAGGGGCGUACAAGUACUACGACAAGAUCCGUGACGUGCUCGGAGUGGACGUGCUGAGGGAGGAUGAGAUGGAGUGCCUGAUUAUCGGCCUCGACUUCUUCAUCAACGAGAUUCCUCGCGAGGUCUUCACCUACUCCGAAGCCGACCCCAUGCAUUUUGUCGAGCCCUCGGAGAACGUCUACCCCUAUUUACUCGUUAACAUCGGCUCGGGCGUGUCCUUCCUCAAAGUGUCUGGCCCGCGCGAGUACCAGCGGGUGGGCGGUACAUCCCUAGGCGGUGGCACUCUUUGGGGUCUGCUCAGUCUGCUGACGGGGGCGCGUACCUUUGAUGAGAUGCUAGAGCUCGCCUCCCAAGGGGAUAACACCAGGGUCGACAUGCUCGUCGGCGACAUUUACGGCACCGACUACAGCAAGAUUGGGCUCAAGAGCACGACCAUCGCUAGUUCCUUUGGCAAAGUCUUCCGGAAGAAGCGGCAAGCGGAACAGGCAGCCGAGGAUAGCGGCGGUCAGCGGCACAAAAACUACCGGCACAACCAUCCGGAUCACAAUCCCUCCUCUCCCUCAGAAGAACAUGGGAGGACGACUCCUUCCCCGGAAACCACCCAUGACGAGUCCCGCCCCUUCAACGCCGCCGACAUCUCCGUGUCCCUCCUGUAUGCCAUCUCCAACAACAUCGGCCAGAUCGCAUUCUUGCAAUCACAGAUCCACGGCCUCUCCCACAUCUACUUUGGCGGCUCCUUCAUUCGUGGCCACCCGCAGACCAUGAACACGCUCAGCUACGCCAUCAAGUUCUGGUCGCGCGGCGCCAAGCAGGCUUACUUCCUGCGCCACGAGGGAUACCUCGGAGCCGUGGGCGCGUUCCUCAAGCGGCAGCCCCGGAACUGGGGCCGGAGGGGCAGCUUCGAGGAGGUGGCUGCACCGUUGGAGUUGAGGCUGAAGGCCGAGAGGGGGAGGGCGGCCGAGUGGUCCGAUGCGGCUGGUCCUGCCCAAGGUGAUGUUCCCGGGAGUUUAAAUGGCAAAGGAUCUGAGGCGGUAGAGUAGCCUGAGCUUGCUGACCUUUGAGGGAAGCUUCUCCUCGUUGAUAUCCGGGUUUUCUUC